AUGAGCACACUGGCAGACAUUAAAAUUUUUUGUGGCUCCAGUCAUCCAGAACUCGCCAACCUCAUAUGCAAACGACUCGGUGUACCUCUGGGUCGAUCAAGUGUGACGAAAAAUGAUGCUGGCGAGCUCAUGGUUCGCAUGUAUGAGUCUGUGCGUGAGCAUGAUGUGUACAUUAUCAAUACUUCCUGUGUGACAUAUGACCAGGAUGGUCGGCCCGUGUCACCCAACACGUCGCUGAUGGAGUUGCUCAUUAUGAUUAACGCGUGCAAGACGGCGAGUGCACGCCGCGUGACGGCAGUCAUCCCGCACUUUUUCUAUGCGCGGCAAGACAAAAAGGAUAAGAGUCGGGCUCCCAUCUCAGCUCGGCUCAUUGCGAACAUGCUGGAAACAGCAGGUUGUGACCAUGUGAUUACGAUGGAUUUGCAUGCGUCGCAGAUCCAGGGCUUUUUUAAUGUGCCCGUCGACAACCUGUACUCGGAGCCAGCAGCUCUGCAGUACAUGCGGGAGAUGCUCGAUAUCAACCGUGUUGUGAUUGUGUCGCCCGAUGCUGGUGGCGCAAAGCGAGCUACGUCGAUUGCAGACCAGCUGGGCGUCGACUUUGCUCUUUUCCACAAGGAACGCAAGAAGGCCAAUGAGGUGUCACGCAUGGUCCUGGUCGGCGACGCAAAGGACAAGAUUGCUGUCUUGAUUGACGACAUGGCCGAUACAUGUGGCACACUGGAUUUGGCGGCAGAACGCCUGAAGGAAAGCGGUGCUGAUCGUGUGUUUGCGCUGGUCACGCACGGUAUCUUGUCGAAACCGGCGCUGGAGCGCAUCUCUAAGAGCAGCUUGGAAAUGCUUGUGGUCACAAACACGUUGCCGCAGGCAGCCAACAAGGAAAAGUGCGCCAAGAUUGAGGAAAUUGACGUGAGCCACAUUCUUGCCGAGACAAUUCGUCGGUCUCACUACGGAGAGAGUGUGUCUGUCCUGUUCAGCCAGGUGCCUUACGAUACAGUGCAACCGUACCGGCGAGGGGCUGAUACGCCGACGCACAGUCCGCCCCGCUCAGCAACAUCGUCGCCCUCGCAUCCGAGCCUCUCUGGCGCUGUACUUGAUAAGCGCCUGGGUGUGCUAAGUGGCUCAGAAAAAGACCACGCAGCCACGGUGCCGAGUCCCUUGCGCCAAGUGUCGUCUGGACAGGACGCGUAA